CCCACUAGGAGUACCCCUAGUGUAAGGGCUUCCCUAGCUGAUAUAACCAGCUGUAGGCCAUGCCUUUUCACAGCCUGGGGUGUAGGGGAUAUUCCAGGGGCACAGUUGGGGACAGGAACUCUGCUGCUGCCCGAGGCUACUCUAAUUUAGCCUGGGGGACCAGGAAGGCCCAUUGGACAGCCCUAGAGUAAGCCGCCUUGGCCUUUUAUCCCUUCCUGCACUGAGGGGGACCUCAGCCAGGCCAGAGAAGUGGCUCUAAGGUUCCUGUCCAGAAGACCUUGCAGUCUAAGGGCCCAUUCGCAGAUGAGUGGCCCGUGGCCCCAGUGAAGGCCAGGCAUUUCUUCCAGUAGCCAACCCUCUGCAGCGUUCGCAGGCUCAGGCUCUAGAUAACUUCUUUCUCACCGGCGUGCCGAGGCGGGGAGGUUAUUUGAAGGGGACACCUGCGGGACACCGGGCGCCACACGACCAAGCAUGCCACGUGCCGUCGAGGGCAGCCAGGAAGCAGUAGCAGGCAGGUGGGGUGGGAGGCAGUAAGACCCCCCAGGCCUGGCGAGCCACAGUGGCUUGGGCCACCAGAACCCUUCCCGCCCCCGCGAAAAGAGGCUGGUGCACGGGCAGGACAGCAAGGCAGCCUCUGCCUUGCACGUUUCGUUAUGAAUCCACCCUGCAUUUGCUGUGGCACUGAGCGUGGGCUCAAGCCUGGAAGGGAGCAGCCUGGCUACUGCACCCACGGGCAGCCAGGAGCAGCUCUCCCCCUCCUGCUUCUCUCUCUCUUUUAUUUUUUUAUUUUUUUUUGCAAGGGUGGGGGGAAAAAAAAAAAAACCCUGCUGCAAUGUGCAAAGCGGCUCGGGAGAGGCAGCGGCCCGGCCAAUCAGAAGGGCUAGCUCCGAAAGUUGCCUUUUAUGGCUCGGGCGCUACCGCUCUGGCCCCAUAAAACCCGGCUCGCGAGGCGGGCUGGAGUAGCUGUGAGCUCCCUCUGCACGCGCCACAUUGCCCCCCAAGCCGGCUGAGCCGCCGCUCUUCCCCAAAGGGUUUAAACUUGCAACUUCCUCUAGUUCGCCAUGGACGAUGAUAUUGCUGCACUCGUUGUGGACAAUGGUUCCGGUAUGUGCAAAGCUGGUUUUGCUGGGGAUGAUGCCCCUCGUGCUGUCUUUCCAUCCAUCGUUGGUCGCCCCAGACAUCAGGGUGUGAUGGUUGGUAUGGGCCAGAAAGACAGCUACGUUGGUGAUGAAGCCCAAAGUAAAAGAGGUAUCCUGACCCUGAAAUACCCCAUCGAACAUGGUAUUGUCACCAACUGGGAUGACAUGGAGAAGAUCUGGCACCACACCUUCUACAAUGAACUCAGAGUUGCCCCUGAGGAGCACCCUGUGCUGCUCACAGAGGCUCCCCUGAACCCUAAGGCCAACAGAGAAAAGAUGACACAGAUCAUGUUUGAGACCUUCAACACCCCAGCCAUGUACGUAGCCAUUCAGGCUGUGUUGUCCCUGUACGCCUCUGGUCGUACCACUGGUAUUGUGAUGGACUCUGGUGAUGGUGUCACCCACACUGUGCCCAUCUAUGAAGGUUAUGCCCUCCCCCACGCCAUCCUCCGUCUGGAUCUGGCUGGCCGUGAUCUGACGGACUACCUCAUGAAGAUCCUGACAGAGAGAGGCUACAGUUUCACCACCACAGCCGAAAGGGAAAUCGUGCGCGACAUCAAGGAAAAGCUGUGCUACGUUGCUCUGGACUUCGAACAGGAGAUGGCCACCGCUGCCUCUAGCUCUUCCCUGGAGAAGAGCUAUGAACUCCCUGAUGGUCAGGUGAUCACCAUUGGCAAUGAGAGGUUCAGGUGCCCAGAAGCCCUCUUCCAGCCAUCUUUCUUGGGUAUGGAAUCCUGUGGCAUCCAUGAAACUACCUUCAACUCCAUCAUGAAGUGCGAUGUGGAUAUCCGUAAAGACCUGUACGCCAACACCGUGCUGUCUGGUGGUACCACCAUGUACCCAGGCAUUGCUGACAGAAUGCAGAAGGAGAUCACAGCCCUGGCACCCAGCACAAUGAAAAUUAAGAUCAUUGCCCCCCCUGAGCGCAAGUACUCUGUCUGGAUUGGUGGCUCCAUCCUUGCCUCUCUGUCCACCUUCCAGCAGAUGUGGAUCAGCAAGCAGGAGUACGACGAAUCCGGACCCUCCAUUGUCCACCGCAAAUGCUUUUAAACCGGACUGUUACCACAUCCCACCUUUGAUAAAACCCAAAUUGCGCAUAAAACAAGAUGAGAUUGGCAUGGCUUUAUUUGUUUUUUUUGGCGCUUGACUCAGGAUUUAAAAACUGGAAUGGUGAAGGUGACAGCAGCAGUCUUAACGUGUUGGAGUGAACGUCCCCAAAGUUCUACAAUGCAUCAGGACUUUGAUUGUACAUUUGUUUUUUUAAUAGUCAUUCCAAAUACUGCAUAAUGCAUUAUUACAGGAAGUUACUUGCCUCUGUGAAGGUAGCAGCCCAGCUUGAAGGAGCUAAUGCCAUAACUGGUGUUAGAGUAAUGCUUGUUGGUAAAUUAUGUAACCCAACCAAGUGUCUUUUUUUUGUAUCUGCCGCCUUAAAACAACACUUGAUCCUUUGGUUUUUUUUUGUUUGGUUUUUUAUCAAGCAACUGGGCUGUGUUCCCCAAUUCUAGAUGUGAAUGAAGGCUUUACAGUGCCCCUUGAGAGUCCAAUGAGAAGUGGUGCCAGUAUGUGGGGGAGGGGAGGGGCUACCUGUACACUGACUUAAGACCAGUUCAAAUAAAAGUGCACACAAUAGA